UAUCAUAGCAAAAUUAUCAUAAUCAAUCUUCCAAAUUUUCCCAAAAAUGUCUCCACCUCAAUCUCCAAAUUCCACCAUGACUGAAUCUAGAGAUCAAGUUCGUCCUUUGGCACCUGCAUCUCACCGUAUACACGUAGAAAACGACGAACAAGGCAUUAAUUCCACGUUCAUGUCCAGCAUGGAGUUAUCCAAAAAACGACGUCGUAAAAGGUGCAUUAAUUGCUGUAGUUGUUGUGGAGUUACAACAAUAAUCAUAGUUGUAAUCAUCAUAAUUCUUGCAUUCACCGUUUUUAAAGCAAAAGAUCCUACUAUAAGGAUGAAUUCAAUCAAAUUCACAGGCUUGAGUUCUCUUACUAGUAGUUCAAACCUUCAAACAAACGUCAACAUAACAGUCUCUGCAGAUCUUUCUAUUAAAAACCCUAAUGCGGUCUCGUUGAAGUUUAGCAGCGCAACCACUAGUUUGAUGUACGAUGAUAGAGUCAUCGCAGAAGCGUUUACGCCACCGGGCAAUGCUAAGGCCCGACGGACUUUUCAAAUGACCGUGAACGUCACGGUCAUGGUUGAAAAAUUAGUGGGAAUUCCGCGACUAGCGAGUGAUUUGGUGGCAAGAGAAUUGCCUUUGAGUAUGUCAACAAGUAUUAAGGGAAGAGUCAAGAUUUUGGUGAUUAAAAAGAGUGUUGGCAUAAGAAUGAAUUGUAGUAUGGUAGUUGAUUUACAAACGCAAGAAGUUAAGAAUAUGGAUUGCAAAAGAAAAGUUUCUCUAUAGUUUUGAAAAGAUGUGAUCUUUUCCCCCUUUUAAACAUAUACACUAUAUAUUACACAGAGGCCGAGUCAGGAUUUCAAGCUUAUGGGUUCGAGAUUCUAAUCGUUUUAAGUUAGUGGCUUCAAGAUAAAUAUAGGAUUCGAAUUAAAACUAUCGGGUUCGACCGAAUCUGCUCCCGGCACUCUAGCUCCACCCCUGAUAGUAGAAAUUAGAGUUACUGGGAGUCGAACUUGUGGUGUUACAGUUUGAAUUGUGACAUCUUGAUCGUUGAACAAUUUCAGAUAUUCGAGUUUAGUAGUUAUAGCUAGUUAUAAGCUAUAUGGUAGUAUACCAGUUGAGAUUUUAGUCGAGUGAUGUGUAAAGAUUUUAAUUACAUUGUUCAAUAUUUUAUUAAUUUAUUUGAAAAUUUUGUGUGAUUAAUGAGUAAAGUUUGAAAUAUGAUUGAGCAUUUA